UCAGUCAGUCAUGACUUUAUUCGCUCCACAGCAGGAUUAACUCCGCGCAACGCCAGCAACUCCUGCAAAAUGACACUUGGAGAAGUUUAACAUGGACAACAGCACCGCGACGCGCAGCAUGGAGCCCACCAUCCCGGCCAUCAUGUUCAUCUUUGGAGUCAUCAGCAACCUGAUCGCCAUCGUGGUGCUCUGCAAGUCCAGGAGGGAGCAGAAGGAGACCACCUUCUACACUCUGGUCUGCGGUCUGGCGGUCACGGAUCUCCUGGGAAGCGUCCUCGCCAGUCCGGUGACCAUCGCCACUUACGUGAAGGGCGCUUGGCCUGAUGGAGACCCCCUGUGCCAGUACUUCGGAUUCGUUCUGCUCUUCUUCUCCCUCGCUGGACUGAGCAUCAUCUGCGCCAUGUCCGUCGAGAGAUACAUCGCCAUCAAUCACGCGUACUUCUACAACGACUACGUGGAUAAGAAGCUCGCGGGAGUCACGCUGCUCGCCAUUUACGCAUCCAACAUACUGUUCUGCGCGCUGCCGAGCGCUGGUUUUGGAGAGGUCAAGAUGCAAUACCCUCAAACCUGGUGCUUCAUCGACUGGCGGACCAACGUCCAGGUGUUUCUCAACCAACUUUACAAGACGCCGGUGGAGAAACGUCUGGAUAAAAAUCCAGAUCUGUUGGCGAUCCGAUUUGCCUCGACCAACCCCAUUCUAGAUCCCUGGAUCUACAUCCUGCUGCGUAAAGCGGUUCUCUCAAAGGUGAUCGAGAACAUCAAGUGUCUUUUCUGUAAGAUUGGCUCUCAGAUGCCGCAGGGACAGAACAGCUUCCACUGCAUGGAUGGAGCGCAGGUGUCCUCCAUCAUCUCCAGAGACUCUCCGUCCGCCGUGUCUCGAGAGCUGAAGGAGGUGACGAAUACCUCGCAGACGUGUCUGUAUCCACCUGAGAGCUGCCUGGACACCUGUCAAUCAAACCAGUGUGGGCGGUGCUUAUCUGACGCUUCUUCUGAAUCCUCCAAUCGGAACAGUUUAGACAGUCGGUCAAAAGAUCAACCCUUACAAGUGACUAUAACCAAUGAGACGUUUCAAGAGAAGAGCAUUUAACUCCUCCUGAUGUGUUUGUGUUCAUAUCAUGCAAGGACGCUUCUCCAUCAAAACAUGGAGAUUUUCUCUGAUCUGCCUUCUGCACUUUGAGCAAGUGUUGAUUUCAGAUCAGUGGAGUGAAAUUUAAAUGUCAUUAAAGGAACAGUU